UGGAAGUGCCUGAAACAGCGAAUGAAGGCGAGACAGGUUCCUAUGCGGAAGUAAACCUUCGGCUAUGCGGAGAUAAGCGACAUAGUUGGAACUUAGUGGGUGCAGAACCAAGCAAGACCACCCCAAAGUCUAUCUGUUUAUAUCUACUGAUUUUCAUUUUCAAUGACUAUCAGGUGCAGCCCUCGGUUGAUAAAAUUGAAAACCUACAUCAAACCAGCCUUUUGUAGAAAAAAAAGAAUCGGACACUCCUGGCCUAGACCCUAAUACCUACAUCUAGACCAUGUCUGCCUGUCUGUCUGUCUGUCAUAGAAGAAUUAUGCGACCAGACGAUGCCAACAUCGUGGGAAACGUCCAUGGCGGGACAGUCUUGAAGAUGAUCGAGGAAGCUGGGUGCAUUAUAGGAACUCGUCACUGUAACACGCAAACUGGGGACCGUUGCGUCGCAGCCCUGGCACGGGUGGAGCGCACCGAUUUCCUGUACCCCAUGCUCAUUGGCCAGGUGGCCCACGUGAGCGCUGAGAUCACGUACACCUCCAAACACUCUGUAGAGGUGCAGGUCAACGUGGUGUCUGAAGACAUACUUUCAGGUGCCAAAAAGUUGACCAACAAGGCAACACUGUGGUAUGUCCCCUUAUCCCUCCAAAAUGUGGACAAAAUCAUUGAAGUUCCCCCCAUUGAGUAUUCCAGUCCAAAACAGGAAGAGUUGGGUAAGAAGAGGUACGAAUCUCAGAAGAUAGAACGAGUUGAAACAAAAGAAAGGAACGAUGAUAUUAUUACACCAGUUUCUCUUCCAGAAAGAAAGACAAAAGAACCAUUUACCGUUGGAUUCAGCCAGUCUAGUCUCAUCCACUUGAUUGGUCCUUCUGAUUGCACUCUGCAUGGCUUUGUACAUGGCGGUGUGACCAUGAAGCUGAUGGAUGAGGUGGCAGGAAUCGUGGCCGCUCGCCACUGCAAGACCAAUAUAGUGACCGCAUCAGUGGACGCCAUCAACUUUCAUCGCAAGAUAAACAAAGGUUGUGUGAUCACAGUAUCCGGGAGAAUGACUUUUACAAGUAACAAGUCAAUGGAGAUCGAGGUGUUCGUGGACGCCGAUCAGCUGGUCAACGCGGAGGAGGGGAAAUAUCGGGCCGUCACUGCCUUCUUCACCUACAUUUCCCUGGACACAAAAAAUAAGCCGCUCCCUGUGCCUCCCCUGAAGGUUGAAAGUGAAGCGGAGCAGAAGCGGUUUGAAGAAGGAAAACAGCGUUACCUUCAAAACAAGGCAAAGAGAUUGGCAGAUAAGGAGCAGAAACAAUGAUGCCCCUUGGUACACAGAAAUACUAUGGUAGUGUAGCAAAAUAUUUCUGGAAAAUUAUUAUUCAAGGUCCUAAUUAAAAAGAUAUAUAUCCUAUUGUAUCCUAUCCUAAUUGUAGCUGAAUGGAUAAAAAGGGAAAAUAAUAUUGUGCAUCGUUUGACUGCUGCAUACCAAAACACCUUGUGUAUGUAGAUAUGUGUAGGAACAGAGUAUUAUAUUAUAUAAAUCUUAUUUUGUGUCUGACGAGAUCUAUUUAUGAAAUGCUUCGAUCAUUCUGUGUGCUAAUAAACAUAAUGCACUAAAAAAAAUG